AUUACAUGUUAGCCGUAAGGCUGUAAGGCUGUGUGUUUUCAGUUUUGUCUUCAUUCUAGCUGGCAAAAGAUUAUACUGAUCCAACAAAUGCGGCUUCUGCUGACGUUAUGCCUGGCUUUCAUGUGCCUGACACGUGAGAUGGGUCAGGCAUGCCCAACUACAUUUACAACAUCAGAAUGUUAUUUUAAUGGGGCAGCAACCAAACAACCAUCGUAUUCUAACCCUAACCAGUUCUUUAUUGUUGGUGGUCUUUUUGAUGUACACAACAAAGGGGAUGGCACUCAGCUAUGUUCUGAUCAGAUCUCUAGUGCUGGAAUACUUAACGUUCUGGCUUUUUUCUGGGCUAUUGAUAGAUAUAGUGCCCAGAUUAUUGAUACCAACCGUAUCAGUGUUGGUGCUGUGGCGUUUGACAACUGUAUGAGACCAGAGAUGACAUUAAAACACAUCUUGAGCUAUGCCCAGUGUGACAUAUUUAUACAAAACUUACCUGCAAGCAAUCUGGUGGCAUUUGUGGGUCCUUACACUAAUGAGGAUGCUACAAGAGCUGGCAACAUUGCUAGUGAUCUGAAGAUUACUCUUGUUAGUCCUACAGCUAAUGCUCUGGAUCAAAGUCUAACAAAGCAAAAUACUUUACUGAGGUUGAGCCCAUCAUUUGUUUAUGAUCUGAAGGCAAUAGUUGAAUUUCUGAAACAAGUGAAGUCUGGAUAUGUCAUCAUCAUCUAUGCUGGUAGUGACAGCUUUUGGAAGGCAGCUUUUGAUGAACUUAAGAAUCAAAUGGAUCAAAGCAUUUGUAUCCAAUACACUGCGGAUUAUAAUUCUAUCGCAAUGAACGAUUUAUUGUCUGCACUGAGUCUGCGAAAGAAAGCAAAAUAUAUUGUCCCAUUGAUGUCAAAAUCUGACUUUGGUGAUCUAUUGGAAGCCAUGAAUACCAGUAAUCUUACUAACCUCGAAAGCUUUAAUUAUAUAAUAACAUCUGGUAUAGGAAAAGACAAUAAAUUUCUUAGUUCUUUUGGAAUCUUAACCACUGGCUCAAUUGUAAUUGAUCACGAAGAAUCAUCUACUGACUGGACUAGUUUUACUUCGUAUUUAACAAGUGUGCAAAACAAUAGUACGCUUGUUAAGUACGUUCCAUCUAGGUGGUUGACAUCAAUAAGUUCUAUGCUACCAUCAGACUGGCUUAACGCGACGUCAUAUUUGAAGCACAGUUUAAUAAAUACAUUAAAGAGUGUUCUGGGUAUUAUUCAGGGCGUUGAUACUUUGAUGAGAACUGGAUGUGCUUCGCGGACUAAUUAUCAAUUUUGCGACUCAUUCAGAAAUCAAGCAAAUUCUAGGGAAGAAAUUAUUUACACGGAAAUCAAAUCAGUAACAAUUGAUAAAUUGGAAAAACAGUACUCUUAUAGCAUUUUCUUACCUGAAACUGAAAGUUUUCUAGAAAUUGGAAGUGCAAUAGUCGUCAGCAGCUCAGGCAGUUUGUCAACCAAAUUUUAUAUCAACGUGAUGGAUGUAAACCGGUUUGGUUAUAAAUUUAGUGUGCCAGUUUGCCCCAUACCCGGGGAGUGCUGUGAACCUCCUACCACACAACAACCAGUUAUCACAACUUCUGGUUCACAGUCAGAUGUGACACCAAACCAAAAAAGUAGGUAAAACUGUUCCGACGGUAAAGGGACAUAAUUUUGAUGUUUAAUUUUUAAACCCACAUUAAAAAUAUAAUGUGAUUUGAAAUGUUUGUACAUGUAAAGUGUAUAGUUAAUAUAAUUUUUUUAAACUCAUUUUUCGUUUCUGUUAUUUAUCACCCACUUUUUUUAAUUGCGAAAAUUCGACGACCACACUAUAUUUUUCAUUUGUUUUGAAACUUUUUCCAAGACAGAUAGCCUAUAUGUGUAAGUAAAACAACGUAAGUAAAAACUAACCCCUGAACCAUUUGCUCAUUUUCAAUAGCUCAAAUAAUUACAUAUAAUUAUUAUCUGAUGAUAGAGAACGGAUAGGCAUUGUCAUUGUGUACAUCAUUUUAGGCAAAGUACUAGUAUAUCACAUACUUCUUUGCCUGAACAUUCUAUUGAUUUAUAAAUACUCUUUUGAGAAAAGUGUGAAAUUUCCGAGAAUUUUAAUAAAAUCUUUAAAAAUGAACCGAGAGUUACAAAAUCUAAAUAUAUAAUUCUCUUCUGGGAGCCGUUAGAAAACAAGCUGCAAGCGCCUCCUUGCAGUCCCCUCUCUUUCUCUUUCUCUCUAUCACUAUCACUACCACCCCACCCCCACAUUGUCUGGUGAGCUGUGGUCACGCUGUUUACAUUUUACAAUCAUAGAGACGGGUUUGGUGACGGCUAUUAGGGGCAGAUAAUUUAGUUUGAAACUAUUUUAAACUUAGAGGAGGUAACUAAGAGGAGGCUGCUUUCACGUGGGGGGGGGGGAGGGGGGUUUAGUGUUUUUAAGCAAAUAUUUUCAGUGGCAGCAUUGGUACUGUCGAAUUCACAAAUUAUAAAUUACUGAAAAGUAGAAAAAAAAACAACUAAAUAGCGGCGUAUGAUACGCAGUGGGUCGGCUCGUAAAAAAUAUUAUGCUUCGUACAUUUUUUAAAACAA